AUGACGGCCGGCGACGAGGCGGGGUUCAUAUUCCCCUUGAACCUAAAACAAUUAUUUUAUGUGUUUAUAAUGAAUGGCAUCGGCGCGAUGAUCAUCAGUGGCGCGGCCAAUUUCGGCGUAGCGUGUGCCAUGUACCGCACGACCUCGCUGCCGAUUCGCAUCUGGGUCUUUAGCGAGAACACGAUCGCGGGCGACAUGGGCGUCACGGUGAUUAUCCAGCAGCUCAUCACGAUGAUCAUCACCUCGACGCUGUGCAACCACGAUCUGCGCCACGGCAUUCCCGCGCUCGAGCACCCGUGGCCGCCACUGCAGCACUUUCCGGCGAACCCCAGCCCAAACGGGUCGUUCCUCGGCACGGACCACCCCAAAGCGGUCGGCAACCAAGCGCCACUCUAUAUGGGCAACGGCGAGCAGCGCUCGCGCCUCCAGCAAUUCUGCCUCUGGUUCAUCCGCGCGAUGUGCACUGGCAGCGAGCGCAAUGCAUUCCUGCUCCGCGGCCUCACACUGCGCCAGCGUCUGGAGCGCCUGGUCUGGACCGCGGUCCAAGGCCUCUGGAUGGCCGUGCUGACCUUCUGGUGGUACUGGCCGAUCGCCAUUGCGAUCGUAGCGCCCAUCUACCAAGGCGACAAUUUGCAAGGAAAGUGGACCGCGCCCAUCAUCAAGUUGUUGUUUGGCGGCAUCAUGGGCCUGCUGACCAACCCCAUCAUGGCGCUCCUCGCGCUCGGCGCCGAGGCGAACGUGCGCCGCACGCACCCCGACCUUGCGCUCUGGAACGAGGGAGAGAAGGGAACGGGCUCCGACGCACUCCACCGCGACCCCGAGCAGCAAAAAGGCGUGCUACGCAACGUGCACAUUUAA